AUGUCACUUGCUAAAAAGUAUUUGGCUGCCCGUAAAAUGUCGCUAAGACUAAGAAAAAUAUUAAGCAAACCAGGCCUCAUUAUUGCUAGGGCUUUAAUGAAAUAUAAAUAUAAUCCCUGCCUUUGGAAUGUUAAUCAUAUGUUUUACCGUCAUAGUGCAGUGAAAUCCUCAGCUUGGGAUGAAGUAGUAAAAGUGUGGCGUGAGUUUGAUCCCUCUGCUAACGAAAUAUAUGUUAAGGUAAAGGUAGCACAUAUGCGGUCCCGCUGGGCCAUACAGAAACAUCUGUUUGAGGAGUGUAAAGCAAGAAAUAUACCGUAUAAGCCGACCCUUUGGUACUACCCUCACUUUCAGUUCCUACCGGACCCAAAAACAUAUCCAAAAUAUUACGAUUAUGAUAUCCUGAAAAAAAUUGUGGUAGCACCGGUUCCUGCUCAAAAUCCACCAGAUGCAAAUCAACCUCAACUUAAGCAAAUACUGCAGUAUGACACAACCCAGAUUACCACUACUAACGGACCAACCCCGGCUGUUUCUAACAAUUCCAGUGAACAAUUCCAAGUGACUAUUACUAAAAAAACAACCCUGAUGGCCAAAGCCAGCUUACCGGAUCAGACUGCAAUUACUUGUGGGCAACACCCGAUUACUUCUACUAGCGAACACUACCAGGAAAUUACUACUAGCGAACACUACCAGGAAGUUACUACUAGCGAACAAUACCAGAUGAGUACUACUGGUGGACACUACCAGGUGACUACUACUAGCGGGCACUACCAAGUCACUACUACUAGUGAACACCACCAGGUGACUACUGCUAGUGGAGAAUACCAGAUGACUUGUAACAAACCUGCCUUGACGGCCACCGCCAACGGGCCAGCCCAGAUGACUACCGUCAAUGGACUAGCUCAGGUGGACGCCAUCAAAGAACCUAACAGCAGCAAAAACCCUUCGGACAAAGACCAAUCCGACUACUUACUCGUUAUCGAGCGAGACCAAACAAGCUUGCAAUUUGAAGCAUAUGAAUUGGACGAAAAUGCUGUGGCAACUCUUGAGUUAGCGUAUAGUGACGAUCAAAACCACACCGACAAUUAA